AUGGAGGGUUCUAAAAGCGGAAGUUAAUCAUAACUGACUCCUGAAUAGUUGAAAGAGAUUCAUUCUUAGUUAGACAUAGAAGAAAAAGCACUGUAAAAAGAAAAAAGAAGAAGAAACUAAGUAAAUCAAAUCUUUUUUGACGAUGAAGAUCGAGAAUUCUAUGGUUUUAGUGAUCAAGUCCUCGAAUAUGUAGCUCUUGCAGUUAAGAACUAAUUGUAUAAUAUAUCGAUUCACAACUAAAAUGUAUACACUGAAGAUGAUUAUGUUAAAGUUGAUGAUGUCUGGCUUAAAGUAGCAAAAAUUAUGUAUGAGAGCUCCAGACUAUCCUUUCAAAAUGAAAGAAUGGAAAAUUUAAGAACGAAGAAUGUGAAGCUAUACAAUUCAUAGGUAUUAGAUGAUUUACAAUAUAAGUUGAAUGUAACAAAAAAAGCUGGGGAAGUUGUGUGCACAUACUUGGAAAUCAAUCCUGAUUAAUUUAUGUACCUUAGAGAUCAGGGAUCCCUAACAAUACUUGAGCACCUUGAUCCUAUAUAAUUCUUGAUACCAGUUCCCGUUUCAAGUAAGAUCAUUGAAGAACUUGAUAAAACUAAAGCCUUAACAAUACUAAAUGAGAUUUUAAAUGCAGCAGCAAAUGCCAUGAAGGAAAAUAAAGAUAUUAUUAAAGUCAAGAAAGAGUAGCUCUAACAAAUUUAUCAUUUUCUAGCAGAGGAUAUUCUGUGGAUGGAGUUUGGAAUGGAUUUUGAAGAUUUCAAAUUUACAUUGAUGCAUCAUAAGGUAUUAGUAGAUUAGAGCAUAGUGUCUCAAUUAAGUGAGUUUAAUGAGGACUUGUUCAAUUUCUUUGAUGGAGAUUUUUAUGAAUCAGAUUGA